GUAGAAGUCACUGACAUGUUAGAUGGACUUAUUUUAGAAGAAUUUUUAAGUAGUAAGAGUUAAUAGCAAGUUAACCGACUUUCCUUUUGUUGACCAAUAGAAGAUUCACAAGUAAAAGAACUUUUUACUUUUAACUAAUACAAUUUAACAACAGGUAGUGCGGGCCGAGCGACAUACUAGAGUACUUGUAUUUUUAUGUUUUCUUAAUUGUUCAAUUCAACAAUGGAUAACAGCGCGUAAGGCAGCGCAAAUCGUGCGUGGAAGAAGGUGAUGAAGGUGACCGAGCCUGUGUUCAUCUCGCAAAUACAUCAAUUGUUGGUAAUUGUUAAUAUGAACAUCGACAAACUCAUCAAGAGGAAACAACACGCCAGACGUGACAACAAUACCCGGCAGUUGGCGGAAAUCACGAAAACUCUCGGAGACUUCUACCUUGAGAACGAACGACCAAAAGAGGCACUGCAAGAAUACACGGAGCAGUUAUGCAUCUGCGAGGAUCUCGGGGACAAAUUGAGCUGCGCAAUAGCGCACAGGAUGAUAGGAGAGGCUCACGUGAGCUUGGGAGAUUACGAGCAGGCUCUGACCCACCAAAAGCAGCACUUGGAAGGCGCCAGGGACAUGAAGAACCUGAUCGAGCAGCAGCGUGCGUUUGCUACCUUGGGACGGACUCACCUCUGCCUGGCUGAGAGCCUAUCGAGUGAAUCGCGGAAACGGGACGAGGCUUUGGCGAGUGCGAAAACUGCCUUUGUAAAGAGCAUGGAGCUGUGCGAUCAGUUGACGGGCGUGGACAUCAGGUUGGAGGAGAGAACGCAGAUGCGGGCGAGACUGCUGCUCAACUUGGGACUGACGCUGGAGGCGCAGAAGGAGACGCGGCAGGCGAUCGACUUGAUCGAACAGGCCACCGCGCUGUGCGUGUCCAACAAUAUUCAAGAGGACCUGUACCGUACGUGCAUCUCCUUGGCAGGCAUAUACGAGCGACAAGGCGACCUCGAGCUGGCGUUGAACUACUUCGAGACCGCGUCCACGGUGAAGGACCCGUGCUUGAGGGCCAAAGCGAAGAUAUUCAAGGCCGAACUAUUCUUGCAAUCCGGCCAGUGGAUCAGAGCGCGCCGGAUACUCGUCGCCUUGUACACGAGCAGUGGACUGCCGGGGGAUGUCAAUUGUCAGGUGGAGAAGUACCUGAGAAUCGUCGUGACUCUGUGCCGGGCGGAGAACGGUCUGCUCGUCGAGACCGACGCGCUGGUUAAGCAGAAGCUGUACGAGACGUUGGGCGACGCGGCAGUGGCCGUGCAAUGCUACGACAAAGGCGCCGAUUAUUACCGGCAGAUGCUGAGCUGCGCGGAGGAGACGGGCGAGCAGGUGGCCGCCGCCCUUUCCAGCCUGGCGCAGACCCUCAAAGACGCGGGACGGUGCGAGGAAGCGCUGCCUUACGCGCGACGAGAGUUCGAGCUGUGGGCCGGUAACCCACGAGAGAAGUGCAAGUCGUCGCUCUUCCUGGCGGACCUGCUGGCGAUGGGCGACGCCGCCGAAACUCCGGAGAUCCGGGAGUGCUACGUCGAGGCGUUGCGCUUGGCGGACGAGGCCGGUGAUACGAGGCUGCGAAGGUCCACCGCCAAGGAAUACGUCGCUUACCUGAACAGCGUGGGCCGAUUUGACGAGGCGGAGGACGCGCGCCGGACUGCGGGUCUGCCGGCGACCUCGGAGACGUCGAGCGACACGGAGAGCGAAGGGAGCGAGCAGAUCGGCGCGGACAUCUGUCUGGAGGACUUGUCCGACCUGGAGAUCGAAGAGAACGUCACUAGCAGGGCCUCUCGAAGAAGGGAGAAGAGAGCGGCCGCGAUCAGGAGGAACGAGAAGGGCGAGACGCAGCUGCACGUGGCAUGCAUCAACGGCGACGUCGACACCGUCGAGAGGCUCUUGUCGUCCGGUCACCCGACCAAUGUCAGGGACCACUGCGGCUGGUCGCCGCUCCACGAAGCCGCGAAUCACGGUCACGUGGAGGUCGCGGAAGCGCUGCUGAAGCACGACGCCAACGUCAACGACCCGGGCGGCGCGUCCUGCAAGGGCGUCACGCCGCUCCACGACGCCGCGUCUUGCGGACACUUCUCUAUGAUGCAGUUACUGAUGCAACACGGCGCGAACCUGACGCUCAAGACCCACGACGGCGACACGGUGUUGGACUGCCUGGAGGAUUGGAGGGAUCGCGUGGCCGACCUCAGCCCUGAAGACCAGCUCGAGUACGACACGAUGCGCAGGAAGUUAUCCGGUGUGAUCGUCAGCUCCAGAAAAAGGAGGAGGAAAUCCGAGAGUGUCUAUGCGUCGGACAGGAAGCUCGUGCAGCCCGAGGCCCAGAAGAUAUCCGCUGGUGAAGACUACAAGAGGACGAUAGCCAGUCUGAGGACCUUCAACAAGACCAAGAAGAUCAACGCGCCCGGGAAGAGCGGCAACGACGAGGAGGUCGCGCCUCUGGUCAACGAAGAACAAGUUCUCAUGGACGAUUGGCUCGAGGACGACAUGGCAGUAGAGAACACAGCGAGGAAGAGAUCCAAGUCGAGCAGGCACGUCGCUGCAUGCAAGAGAAAGUCCGCCGAUAACAGCACGGAAAGCACUUCGAAGAGGCUGAAAAGAUUGAACAGUACCGUCGAGAGCGACGAGGAUCUCCGCAGCACGAGCGAGGAGAGUGACGACAGCACUCUUGCCACUGGAGUGAUCGAAGUACUUGAGGAAGCCAAGAGGAGAGAGAAGAAACGGCAGGUGUCCUUGUUGUCGAACGGCUUCACCGUCUCCCGUACGCCAUCCCCGAUGCACGACUUACAAUCGUCCCUGCGCACAUCGGCGAGUUCGAAACGGUCCUGCAGAGAACACGUGGAUUUGAGCGUACUCGUGACGGACAAGGUGUUCGAGGUGAAGGUGGACGCGUGCGAAGACGAGACGGAGUUCCUCGUGUGCGUCGUGAGUGCGGCCGAACGCGCGUUCUUCAGCGAGACCGGUUGCACGGCGAAGCUGACGUUGCGCCCGUUAAACGGCAGUUCGGUCGUGACGAAGGAGAGCGUCUUGAGAAUGGCGAGGGAGGGAACGAAUGACGCGAAUGUCGGCAGGCUGGAAUGCGAGAUAGCCGAGCUGCAGGUCCCAUCCAUCGUCGAGCGAUACAGGACGAUAUGUAGCACAGGCAACGUAACUCCCUGCGAGGUCAUGCUGAAGUGUUUGAGAUCCUGCGAAAACACGUCCCUGUUUCGCGUGAGAGCCGACGACGUGGACGAGGAGCUGCUGCUGGUGCCGUUGUUAAGGACUCUGGAGUACCAGAAGAACAUGAAACUGUUGCAAUUGUCGGGCAUCGUUCUGUCGACGGCGGGCGCGCAUUUGCGACAGUGCCUCUCGAAUCUCUCGUCCCUGCAGGAACUCCACCUGAGAGGCUGCAACAUCGAUUUCGCCUGCUUGCGCGAGAUAACCAGGCUGCCGUCUCAGCUGCGGCUCUUGGACUUGAGUUACAAUCCGCUGAGCGCGGAGAGCCACGAAACUCUACAGAAGCUGAUCGCGCCUCUGAGGCACUUGCAAACGCUCAAUCUGCGCUACUGCGAACUGGAGGAGUUUCGCCUUCCGCUACACCACGUUCAACCCGUUCAACAAAAUCCUAAUUUGACGAAUUGUGACAUCUCGUGGAACAAAUUGAGCCGCGACUCGACGGCCUCUUUUCUAGGCAGGCGAAUGUUCGACUUGAACUUGUCUAACACUUUGCCUUCUCACGGCCGAUUCACCUCAGCUUUGGAGACACUGAACAUGGUUCUGUCACCGAGCUUGGAAUCGUUGGAACUUUCGUUCUGUGACGUAACGGACUAUGACGUGAGGUGUGUUUUAGAACAGCUGCCUAGAUUGAUGAAACUGAUAUUAAGUGGGAACAAGAGUGUGACCGUGUCGUCUGUAAAUAUGUUGUUGAGUCGUAAGCCGACGUUGACUUUCAUCGAUGUUAGCGGUUGCAGCGAUAUCGUGAGUGGCCCGGAAGCACAGUUAUUCAUACAAAAUCCCGAAACUUGUACAUUAGUCGCUAGUGUAGAGCCCGAUUUAUGUGAUUCUUGGAUUAAACUGUGGCGUGACACGGGUAUUGUAACGAGAUUACCUCAUAAUGUAACUAUUUUCAAGCCAUUUUGACUUGUUUAAAAACUUACAAGGAAUUUCCAAAGUCUAAUCUACUUUUGAUACGCAAAAAAUUUAAUUAUAUAAUUAAUGCUGUAUAUAAUUGUGCUAUUUCGAGUGCAAAACAAUAAAUUUUACUACAAGAUA